AUGACGACCAUCCUGCCGCAGCGCGCCAUCCCGUACCUUGUGCUAGCUGGUGCAUUUUUGUACAACCUUAAUAUAGGAAUUAUAAACUCCUAUGGUAACCUUAAUAUUUACCUCACCUCCUACCUGAGACACAAGGGCCAAAAUGUAACCUACAGGGAUGUGUCUUUUAUAUACGAACUGACGGUAAUUACUCUGGGCAUAUCCAUGCUGAUUGGAAAUGUUGUGCAGAAGAAAUUAGGAGAAAGAGUAACCAUACUGAUCUGCUGCUUCACAACUUUUGUUUCCUUUUAUAUGUCCUCAUUGUAUGCCCACUCGUACUUGAUGCUGUGUGUGUUCAUGGGGGGGCUGUACGGACUGGGAUAUGGAAUCAGUUUCACCAUUCCGCUUUCGUGUACAUACAAGCAUUUUAAAAAGAACCGAGGAUUGGUCAGUGGUAUUGUCAUCUCUGCAAUAUCGUUGAGUCCAUUUUUGUAUUGCCCAUUGCAGACUCUGCUUAUAAAUAGGAACAAUGUUUUGCCAGUGGAGAGUAGCAGCGGUGGAAUCAGGGAACGGUACUUUGAAGACCCCCAGGUGCUUAACAGAAUCCCCCAUGUGCUUUUCAUUCAGUCCGUAAUCUUUUUAAUUUUUGGCACAUGUGGUGGAUUUUUCGCAACGAUGAAAGUAAGGGGGAAUGGUGAAAAACAGCUCACCAGUGGUAAUCUCGAUGUAGGAAACAAGAAAAGCAAACACUUGGAUGCACAGGAUGGGAGCCUCCUUGAUUUAGAGAAGAAUGACGAACAAAUGGGAAUAACCACGGACAAGAACAAGGGAAACCAAAACGAUGGAACAAAUGAGGGUGAUAACUUGGGGUCCCGACUAGCCAAAUCUUUUAAAAAAAAAAAAAAAAAAAAAAAUGGGCGCAGGGACAAAUGA